UUUUAGAAUAUAAUUUUUGUUGUCCUCAAUUCUUUCGUUUCUCUGCUUUCUAUCCUGCGCAUAUUGCGAGACUCUCGCAAAAGUCUCGUUCGCUGGUUUGCUGGGUAAUCACGCAAUUGCACUAGUGUGUGCAUUUGCUUGUAGUCUGAGUCAGCGAAUAUUAAAAUGCAGGUACGGGCCGUUAAUUCUCUCUCUUUGUUUGCAUGACGUCUGGAAGCAGCUUUUGGUGCCAACUGAGGCACUGCCUUACCUUCACUUGGAUAUAACUUACGCUGAAUAGUCAUGGAAUAGUCAACAUGCAUACAAGGGGUUUUAUCAUUAGCAAACAAAUUCCAAGGUGAUUAAAUGCAACUACAUAAAUAAUCCACUUAUCUGGCCUCUCAUUUAUUUGUUUUGUUGGUACUUUUGCGCGCUCCUAAAAGUGCCAGCGACCCUGUCCUUUCCAGGGCUGGCAAAUAACCGUUAGCCUGUUAAAAUCAAAUGCAACCAUGGCAACCGUUGCCCAGCGGCGCCACUUUUCGUUUUGUUGUGGUUUUGUGUGCCGCAGUUGAGAGGAAAAUUGCGAAAUGACGCUGUACUUUGACACUAAAAUUGAGUUCUUGGACUCGGAUGCAGUGAGCACCAUCAGCAGUUGGCAUCCUAAUGAGCCGCUCUUUGCCGUGGCCUCUUUCAGCCCGGAUCGAGGCGGUUCCGUCACCAUAUUUGCAGAUACCGGUGAACCGCAAAGAGAUGUAACCUAUCCGGUGCAUGCCACGUCGCAGGCCACAGCCCUGUGCUGGCAUCCGGAGAAGGCGCUGCUGGCCAGCGGCUGGGAGCACGGUGACAUACACGUUUGGUUUGCCGGCCAUCGGGAGUUUGCCAGCGUCAAUGCACCCCACAAGGCGGCCAUUGUGCUGCUGCAAUUCAGCGAGCAGGGCGGACGCAUGGUCACGGCGGAUGCCAUGGGUCUAGUCACCGGCUGGCGCUGCGAUGGACAGUAUCAGUUCCUGACCAUGUUCUCGCACGAUCUGCGGGAGGUGCUGCUGUUGGUCUGCUUUCGACGCACCGUGGAGAGCGAGGUGCGUGAGGAGAUGGCAAAUCUGGCCAAGGCGGCGGUGGCCGGCGAUGAGAAUGCCUUGGACACGCUCACAAACUGGCGGCCACGCACCGCUGCCCGUGGCCUGACCCAUUCGGGAGUUCGGGACAAUCAUUGCUUCUAUGGCUGCACACAAGGAGGCGUGGUCUACUACAUCAAUCAGGGCGGCGCCUGCGUCGAGGUGAUGAAGUGCGGCUCUCUGCCGCCCAUAGUCCAGAUGCUCUGGCAUCCCAAAAAGGAUGCAGUCAUCUGUCUGAUGGAGGACUUGACUGUGGUUCUGUUCCUGGUCGAGUCCACGGGCAUUCUCACGGAACUGGAUCGAGUGAAGAUGAGCGGACGUGGUGGCGGCAGGCAGGGUGGCAUAGCCUGGUCAGGCAACAGUUUGGCCAUCAUCACAGGCGAUCUCUUUGUGCGUAUCUGGGACAUUGAACGGAGCGACAACUAUCUCUUAAGAAUGGAUCUGCCCAGCACUAGCCAUUGGAACUCCACCCUCUCCAGCCUGGCCAAUGCCACGAAUACCACGAAUACCACCAGCUCCUCGUCGCACAAUCUCUUUAGACAGGACAGCAGCGAGGGCAGCAGCAUACUGCCGCGCAAGCCCAUCAAGUACGGGCAGCUGAACAGCGGCGAGAUCUUUAGCUGCCUGGCGUACAGUGCCAGCUAUCAGACUCUGUGCGCGGGCACCUCCCUGGGCAACCUGUACACCUGGAAGCGCAGUGGCAGUCGCCUGGUGACCGCGCCCGAGGAUAUCUGGCAGCUGACGAACAUCUCUUCAGUGCGCGGCGCCGUCAGGAGCUGCGAGUGGGGAUUCAAUGAGCUGUCGAAGCCCUGCAUGCUGGUCAACUGUCUGUCGAAUGUGUACAUGCUGAAGGAGCAGCCGCUGCUGGCGUUUCACACCCGCGAGCUGUGGGCGGUGCAGCGUUCGGCCAAGUCGGUGCAGCUGACGCACUGCAGCGGCCGGCAGACGAGUGUCCAGUCCGAGUUUGCAGUGACGGCUCUGGCCCUCAACGAGCUGAGUCUGGUGAUGAGCAACGGGCGGAGCAUCUCCUCGUACAGCCUCCAGAAGGUGGACAAGAGCUUGGAUGAAUUCGACGAGGUGCUGGAGGCGGUGCCAGUGGACGGAGGCGAACCUCCCGCAUCCACAGCCUCUCCUGCCUCGCUGAGCGUGAAGCUGCUGCAAACCUUUCCCGCCGAGUGCCUGCUGCUGUGCCUCCAGAACCAGAACAUCUUCUGCCUGGCGAGCAGCGACAUUAUGGUGUACUCCGUGGGCGGUGUGGUGCUGCAUCGCAUUCAGUCCAGCGAUAUUGAGGGAAAGAUCAUUGGCAUGGACCUGAGUGGCUGCUACCUCUCCGUCUUCACCAUGAACGGGUAUGUGAAGGCGUACGAUGUGUCGCGGCACGAUCCGAAGCUGCUGUUUCCCAGCAAGUCGGGCCACGACAUCUUCGAUGACUUUGGUGAGUUCAUUCUGGUGAAGUGCAACAGCCAGGGCAGCCACCUGGCCAUGGUCAUAGCCAACAGCAGCUUCAUGCCUCGCUCCGCGCUCUUCUGCUGGGACUUUGAGCGCAACAAUCUGUUCGAGUACGACCUGCAGGAGGAGACCAGUCUGCCGGUGCGGCUGUUCUGGGACACCGACGAGCCGCGUCUCCUCGCCAUGGAGGUGAAGUCGAUGAUGCAAAAGCCCCAGCCAACGGCCAAGAACUCCAACGCCCAUCAGCCGCCCAUGCACUUUGUCCAGUCGCAGAUCAUGCUGAUGUUCUACUCGGAUCAGAGUCAGGGCUCAGGCCUGAAUCUGCUCGAGUCGCAGCCCUUGGCCGCCGGCUGUCAGCUGCUGAACCUGUGCGUGCCCAGCGUCGUCCGCUUGAAGAUCAAUGUGGUGGAGGAGCAGCCGCUGCAGGACUUUGCCGAUCUGCGGCAGUGCGAUGCGGCCACCAGGAAGCUGGUCCUAAAAUUCAGCCUGCACGUGGCGGAGGGGAACAUGGAUCUGGCCUACCGCAGCAUUCGCUCCAUCCAGUCGAAGGUCAUUUGGACGAAUCUGGCCAAGAUGUGCGUCCACACGAACCGCCUGGACGUGGCCAAGGUGUGCAUGGGCCACCUGGAGCAGGCACGUUCCGUUCGCGCCCUGCGCCAGGCCAUGGAGGACGAUGAUCUCGAGACGGAGGCCAAAGUGGCCGUUCUGGCCAUCGAACUGGGCAUGAUCGAGGAGGCCAAGGAUCUGUACAGACGCUGCAAGCGAUUCGAUUUGCUCAACAAGCUGCUGCAGGCCACUGGGCGCUUGGACGAGGCGGUCCAAAUGGCCGAAACGGAGGACAGGAUUCACCUGAAGCACACGUACUACCAGAAGGCGCAGGAACUGCGCGAGAAGGGCGACAUCAAGGGCGCCUUGGAGUACUUUGAGAAGACGCAGAAUCCCGCGCAGAACAUCACCCAGCUGCUGAUUGAGAAUCCUGGCGCCAUGAAGCGCUACAUUCAGACCACCAGCGAUCCGAAGCUGUUGCGUUGGUGGGGCCAGUACAUUGAGAGCUCCGGGGACAUGGACGCCGCCUUGGCUGUCUACCACAAGGCAGAGGAUUGGUUCUCCCAGGUGAAAAUACUCUGCUAUUUGGGAAAGAUCUCCAAGGCGGACGCGAUUGCCAGGCAGUCGGGAGAUCGAGCCGCCUGCUACCAUCUGGCGCGGCACUACGAGAACGUGGGCAAGUUCCAGGAGGCCAUUAUGUUCUUCACGCGCGCCCAGACCUUCAGCAAUGCCAUUCGCAUCUGCAAGGAGAACGACUUCCAGGAGGAACUCUGGACGGUGGCCAGCUCCUCGCGACAGCGGGACAAGGCCAUUGCGGCGGCCUACUUUGAGGAGUGCGGCAACUUCAAGCAUGCCGUGGAGCUGUACCAUCGGGCGGGCAUGCUGCACAAGGCGCUGGAAAUGGCCUUCGAGUCGCAGCAGCCGGAAAUCCUGGAGAUCAUCGCCACGGAGCUCAGUCCGGACUCGGAUACGGAGCUGAUCAAUCGCUGUGCGGAUUUCUUUUGCAGCAUCGAGCAGCACCAGAAGGCCGUACACCUGCUGGCCAAAACGAACCACCUGGAGCGUGCUGUCGGCAUCUGCACGGAGAAGGGGGUGCCCGUGACGGAGGAGCUGGCCGAGAUGCUCACCCCCGACAAGGGGGACUUUGAGGAGGCCACACGCACCUCCAUCCUGGUGCAGCUGGGUGAGCUGCUCCAAGAGCAGGGCGACUACCACAGCGCCACGAAGAAAUUCACCCAAGCGGGCGACAAGAUGCGCGCCAUGAAGAGUCUGCUCAAGUCGGGCAACACCGACAAGAUUGUGUUCUUUGCGAACAUGUCGCGCCAGCGAGAGGUGUACAUUAUGGCGGCCAACUACCUGCAGGCUCUGGACUGGCAGGGCGACGCCUCCAUCCUCAAGCACAUUGUCAGCUUCUACACCAAGGGCCAGGCCUUCGAUUCGCUGGCCAAUUUCUAUGCCAUUUGCGCCUCGAUGGAGAUUGAGGAGUAUCAGGACUAUGGCAAGGCACUGACUGCCAUGCAGGAGGCCUCAAAGUGCCUGGAGAAACUGAGCCACGCCCAGCACGCGUACAACAAUCUGCAGCGCACGGUGGGCGACGUCAAGCAGAUCUUGGAGAUCCAGCAAGCGCUUCGGGAUGGCGACAAUCAGUCGGUCAUUGGCGCCUGUCGCAGCAUGUUGAUCAAGCCUGAGCUGCCGCCCAUUCGUCACUCGCACAUUCUGGCCAUGCUGGUGCGUGCCCUCGUCUAUGCCAAACAGUAUCCGGAGGCGGGACGCGCCCUCAAAGAGCUGGCCGUAAAGGACAACUCUUGGAGCGCCUCGGGUCUGCUGGACCGCGGACUCGUCCAGAAGGUGGCCAAGGAGUGCGACCUGGACUUCAAUUUGAUUUGGAACUCGGGUCGUCAGGUGGCCACAGCCACCACAGCCACCAGCAUGACUACCACAACGACCACAACCAGCGACGACGAUGAUGACGCCGACGACGAGGAGAUAAGAGAGGAACUGCAUUAGGAAUCGUCCGCCCCCGCCAACUAGAUCCGGCCAAGGGUCGAAACCCACAGAGAAUCUACGAGUAAAUGAAUGGAAUGAGCAAUCCAUACAAUUUCGCAAUAUUGCUCACAGCAGCAGGCGGCGUUCCCUUCAGUUCCCCCCACCACCAUGACGACCCAUUAGAGGUUUUUAUGAAUGAACUAUACGCGAGGGUCGAGUCUACGUAGUAAAAGCUCUCCUCCACACACACACACACACACACACACAACGUAGGCUUCAACGCGUCACUAUAAAAUAAAUAUAAACAAUGCACAGGUCGGGCGAGGCGACUAUAGGAAUACCUGCUACAGAAGCUACAGAAGCUAAAAAGACCUACAGC